UUCUGGAGGGCUGCUCACGCUUGGGUAGCAUUUAACAUGUGAAAGUACGGCUUUAUUUUUUUUUUUUUUUUUUUUUUUUUUUUUUUUUUUUUUUUUUUUAAAAUAAUGUCAACUGCAGUCAUUCCGUAAACAAAUGGCUGUAAUAGUUCUUGGACUGGCAAGGGGCACUGAUCCUUUAACGAGAUGUGGGCUGCCAUUGAUUUUUGCGUAAGUCGUGCAUUUUAAAGCCCCCCCCCCUCGUUUAGAGUUGAUAUGGAACCCCCACCUCAAGAUCAGUGUGAUGGUUUACAUCCUCAACAAGACCUUGCCCAAUGCAGUAUGCCUGUUGUUUAUGACCUGUCAAUAAAACACAGAGACGGACCACUUAAAAACAACUCAAUGGAAGCCCUGCAUGUGAGGAACAAACCAAACUGGUACAACAAGGGAGUCUUCCAGGAAAACAACUCUGACCACCCAGCUCAUCAGAGUGAUCAUAUCCAGCCAGAUGAUGCCUUUUCAAAUACCACUGUCACACUGUCCUAUGUGAGUCGAUCUCAUAUGUUUUCUUCUCAUCAGACUAUGCCACAUUCCUUACACGAGCAGCUUCCCCCUCUCUGUGUUCCAGCUGUCAACAAAAAACUAUCUCUCAAGUCUCCUCUUUAUGAGGGUAACACGUUGGUGUCUUCACAGUAUGAGAAAGAGGUGGAUCAUGAAAAUCAUUUAGUACAAAAUAUCAUUAAGCCAUCUGGGGUAGCUCAGUCGAGUACACAGUCAAUUCAUCAGAGAGAAUGUUUUGGACCAAACGGAAAACAGACCACAAGUCAGUUGAAUGUGACAGGACUUAACCUACAGCAUGAAGGUGUUAAUAGUGAGACCAAAUGCUUCCAUGACAGAAAUGAGGUCAUUCGCAUACAAAAUGGUACAGAUAACUGUUUGGCUGAUAAGUGGUUAUGUAGUAGUAUAAAAAAGACAACUUGGACCCCUGAGGACUUUAAAAAAGAGACUAAGUUAACUGGGUCCCAGAUGCUUCUAGUGUGUUCAGGAAUUGAAGAACCGCUGGACUUGAACAGUUCGAGUUGUAGCAACAAAUCUUUUAUUCCAAAAAAUGGAAAAUGCAAUGGUCCUUUGCAUGAGGAUACAUUAGCACCCCCUGCUACCUCACAAGACAAAACUGGAGACACGUCUGUUGUGCAGAUGCUAAAUAAUCCCUAUUCCAAAUAUGAUUUACAAGAAGCAGAUGCCAAUACAAUGUCAGUUUGCGGUACAAAAUUGAAGCCUGGGGAACCUAGUGAGGCUCCUGCUAUUGCCGAAGCUACUGCAGUAUGUGUUGAAGGGGGGGAUUCAGUUCAGGAGCACUGUAGCAAGCACACUGACAUAAAAGAAGGAUGUGACGUCAACAAAUCAGUUCCAGCAGCCGCUGCAAAUAUGUUGGAUUAUUCCACAGAAAUGUUGAAACCUUCCAAUAGCCCUUCCCCAACAAGUAGAGAAAGCAAUGCAAAGACUGAUAUAACUCAGUACAGCAAGUCAAAACCUUCUGAUGAAUCUCUGCCAAACUGUAAAGCAGGCCUAGGUGAGAAAACUAUUGAAAGGAAAAUUCUUCCUCCUCGCUCCAAAAGGGGAAUACGGUUAGAGGAAAUUGUGCAGUGCAUCACCCCAUCUAGAACCCGAGGUAAAUCUGCAGGCUCAAAAACACAGGCCCUUGAGGCUAGUUGCCGGGAAGCCUUGGUAUCUUCAGAAGUGAAAGACUGCAUUGAGAAGACAUCAAGUUCAGAAAAGGAAGAGGGUAGUUUAAAGGAUUCCGUUAUUUCUAAGGAAGAUUCAGAUAAAGUAGGUAAAGAAAGGUUAAAAAACAAAAAUUCUACCGUAGAUGUGAGAAGAAGCGAUGCAUCUACAUCUGUGCAAAGCAGUACAUCUCUAGAGGCAGCCAUCCGUACGCCUAAACGUUUAAAAGAAAAAACGCUUUGUGACAAAACACUAAUUGGCCUAUCUCCACCAGAGAAGAAAAACCUUAGACCAGCAUCCACCCCCAAGUUGUGCCAGAAUCGUGCAUCACCACAAAAAGACUCACCUGGCAACAAUAAAUAUACUGGAACAAAGAAACCCUGUAUGAAUAAAAGAAAGAGGAAGAAACACAAUGCUAGACUGUCCUCAAUGUUUUCUCCAAAAGAACCAGAAAUCAAAUUGAAGUACGUCAACUACAAAGAGGAGAAAAGAGACAAUAAAAUUGAUACGUUUUCACCUUACGUCAGAUUAGAGCUAAAAGAUUCAAUGUGUACCAUAAUCAACUACCCAGAGGAAGAAAAGGCCAAGCUUAAAGGGAAAAACAGUAGCCAGGCAACCCAGAGCUACUCCCCUGGUGUAGUUCCCAUGACCUCUUGCUUGCUGCUGGGCCGUUUGAGCAGUGACAGUAAAAGGAGAAGCCAUCUAGUCUGUUGUCUUUGUGGCAUGUCUGCCAAUGCAAUGGAUCUGGGUGAUCUGCACGGACCGUAUUACCCUGAGGGUUUUAAACCUUUGGGCAAAACGCAUGCAAAUGUGCAGGUUUUGAAAGACAAUGACAAUGACAGCAAUUCUGAUUCAUCAUGCAGUGUCAAAGAAAAAAAACACAGUCAGACUGUCACAGCAGGAGAGUCUCCUAGCAGGCCUUCUCAACCCAGCUGCACAUCAAUGGAAGAAGCCUGUUUUAUUGGGCAGAGACAAAGGUGGAGUAGUGGUGGAAGUGGCACCGGAAGUCCUGUACCUAAGAAGCCAAAGACCGACCCAACCGCAGAUGAUUGGUACAGCCCCCCUGUAGUCCCGCUGGACAGAAGUGAAUAUUGGAUUCAUGAAGACUGUGCGAUAUGGUGUGCUGGGGUAUACCUUGUGAAAGGAAAACUGCAUGGGUUAGAAGAGGCAACAAAGCUUGCACAAGAAACGGUAUGUUCCACUUGUCGUACAACUGGUGCCACAUUAGGCUGCUAUUUCAAAGGGUGUCCGAAUAAAUAUCACUAUAUUUGUGCUAUUCAGUCUGAUUGUGUUCUAAGUGAAGACAACUUUUCAAUGAGAUGUACCAAGCACAAGAACAAAUCGUUUAAAGGGUCUGCUGCAACCAGUAGAUUAGAAAGCAGGUGACAGAAAAAAACAAAGGGAGAAGGUGUAUUCAACCAUUGCAGUGAAAGAUUUUCCAAGGUGUCACCUCUGGCGACUUCACACCAAUGGACAAAAACUAUACUGGGAGAAUGUGCUUUGGUUUGCUUGUGAUGGUUUUGUUGAAUGAAAUAAUCUAAAACUUAAUUUUAAAUUUUUCUUCUACAGCUCGAGCCAAGUGCAGUCCCAUGAAUUGUCUUUAGCUUUCAGAGAAUUUUUUUACUCCACGGUUGAUAGCCAAAAUUUUUUUAUGGAAGGGGAUAUGGUCCUUGUAAAUAACUCACUAGAACUGGAUAUCCUUUCAGUAGUUGGGAAUCAAUUAUGCUAGAAUAAGCCUUGAUGUUUGCCCUCCCUAAUUUAUUAAAUUUAAGUCAUUCAAGUGCAUUUGAUGACCACAUGUAUUUCUACAUACCCCCCCCCCCCCCCCCCCCCCCCACACACACGGCCCAUACUAGUUGGAUGAAAUUCUGACUUUCUGGAGUAUGUAUUCUGAGCUUUGCACUGCCCUAAAAAGAAACUGCAGCUACAAUACACCGGGUAGACAUUGUCAGAUAUUUCUAUAGAGAAGGUGGGAGUCUUGGUACUACAUGUAGUCCGUACUGUCGUUUUUCUUUUUUUUUUUUUUUUUGUUUAUUUGGUAAAUUGUUACUUCCCUCAUAAUCCAGUGUCUCCCAUUAGUUUCAGCAGGUUGCAGUUUAAAAAAAAAAAAUAAUAAUAAAAAAAUCUGUCAAUUACUUGUGAUCAUUAAAGUAAUGCAGAACAUUUUUGUUUAAUAAUAAAUGUUAUUUAUUUUUACUUUAAUCUGCGGUCUAUUUUAUCUUCAAUUUUUAAAAGAAAACAAUAUCAUAGUGUUGUAACAAUAGCCAGGGCACAUGCUCAUUUCAAUUCUUUGUUUAAACAAAAUGUAAAACCAUUGAAGUUUGCCCAUUGAAAUCUCAUUGCUAAGGGGGUCCUGGAAGAUUGCAGCAUGCAGUAAAGUAUUAAAAUAACAUGACACAAAAACAAUAUUGAGAAGAAUGCUCUACAAAUUGAGUUUCAGCAAACCAAACUCUUAAACUAUAUCAAUGCAGACAAUGACUCUUAUUUUAAGCAAGUUGUUGCAAGGAUUUCUUUAAUGAGCUUGUAGACCAUACCACACCGCUUUGACGUUCAUAUCUGCUGCCUUGAAUCUGGUUAAAAAACUAAAAUAAAGCCCUAUUGUCACAAUUUGUUUGUAGACAGGCUAUAGAAAAUUAAACACAGGGCGGUCUAACAGGUGUGGCCUGUUACUCUUCCAACUGCCUGAAAAAAAAAAAAACAAUGUAUAUCCACGAAACUAACCAAGACAGCACUAUCAGCAACUUCUAAAACAGUUUUACAUCUUUAAAAAGGAACUCUGAUGAAGGGGUUCUGUUGAAUCAUUUCCUCUAGAGUACUGAAUAUAAAAUAAACCACACAAGGAAAUGGACACAGGAGUUUAUUAUACCAAAUAUAGAAUGUUCUGUAUCGCUUUAAUUACAUGAAAGUGUAACGGAUGACUGCUUGAGUAAGAAACUCAAUAUGAAUUUCAACCUUUAUAAUAUUUAUCAUUUGUGCUAAUUAAUAUACUUCCAGUUCCAAAUACAUUCUUUCAAUCUGCUUCAUCACAAACAACAAGGAAUCACAUGUUCUAGAAUUUCUAGAGGAGAGAAAAUCUGGCACAAGCUUUAUUAACAAAUGUGUGUGUCAUUUAUAAAAUGUAAUGCUUAACACUGCAAAUGUUUGUUGUACAAAAGUUUUUUUUUGUAUUUUUUUUCACACAAAACAAAGGGAUUGUAAUCCUUUACUGCAGGAUGGACUUUGGUUUGAAAAAUGUAUGCCUAAAAUUUGAAUUGUGAAAAGGUAGUAUGUUUUUAUUUAUUUACCAUUGCUGAACAGGGUAGUCUGGUCUUUAUACCUGAAGGAAUGUGUAUACAUACCCCCUGGUGAAAUAUGUUUUGCGUUUGGGGGUUGAUAUUAUAUAGUGGUUAACUUUCUUAUGAACUGAUGUACACUUCACAAAACCUACCAUAGCUGGCUGUUAUGAAUACUGUAGACAGGUGAAUGAAUAGUAUUGGGGAUGAAAAUGAUUGGUCCGUUUAGGGAUUGGACACAUUUGCAUUUUGGUAGAAAGUGGUUGUACCAUAUAUAGCCACUGGAAAGAGAAGUUAAAGCAUUUUUUAAAAAAAAUGUAUUUAUUAUUUUACAAUCCCUCAAAAGCCAUACAAAUCUAAUUCACUUUUGUCUUGUUUUUAUCAGAAGUACAAUUUCACAUUUUGGUAUAUUUUCUCAACAUACUGUGCUGUGGCUGUGCACAUUUACUGCAAGCAGAAUUAAAAUAAAGAAUAGAAUGGGCAAAAUUUAAAAUACCAGCAAAUAAAUAAAUAAAGAUACACUAACACAGCGGGUUGGCCAACUGUUGAGGUCUACUAAAUUAAUGCAUACCGGGUUGAGUUUCUGCAGGUCAUAUUAUUCAAAUAGGGAUAGUCUCUUCAGUGCAUUUGUUUUUAUGCAAAACUGCAGAGAGAGCCUUUGUUAAUGAUAUAAAAUGACUGUUAUAAUUAUCAGGCCCUCUUGUGUUAUAGCAGUUGCUUUACAUGGUUUGGUAUUACUGAAAAUGGUCCAAAUAGAUAACUUUAUUGGCUAUACAUUUUUUCCCCCAAAGCAAGAAUAAUUUAAGGAUGGAAAAAUAGUAACAUCAGUAAUUACCUUUUUUUUUUUAAUUAAUUCUUUUAAGAAUUGAUAGCUUCAAUAUUAAAUGUGAUACACCCAGUCCUAUAGUAGAUGGGGACUUACCUGGGUGCAACUGACAGCAAGGGUAUCCAGGAUUACAGAAUUAGUGCUUUUUGUUGUUGAAUUUGCCCAGUUCAUAUGCUUAUAAUCCGGUUCCUUCCCUUAGGGCUUUUGGCAUAACAUAUCUGUUAUACAUCAAUCAAAUCUGACUGGAACAUUUAGCACCUAGGCUAUACUUACAUUCUAAGGCAAUGUAAAUGUGAAGCUGUUUUACCAUAUAAAAUACAUAUUUUCAGUUUUAUAAGUCGGCUGUUUAUUGAAAGAUUUUUAUUUUGUUUUGGCAUAAAAUUAGUAUAUGUACAUUUUAUUUCCUAAUGUUAAUUUUUUAUUUGAUAUUUCAUGGCAUAUGUAUGUGCAAUGUUCGCCCUAAUCUGUUAAAGAUGAUUGACUCGUGUAAAUGUUUCCUUUUGAGAAGGUUUUCAAUAAUAAAAAGUGCAUCUCUCUUUAAAUCUAGAUUUUGUUUUAAAAGAAUAUUGUGUGUGUAUACAUGAUUUUUAAGAUUCAUUUAGAAUUAUAUCUAAUUUAUAAAAAUCACAAGCAAGGCUUGUUGAAUAAGAAUAACCCUAUAUUUCUAUUCAACUGUGGACGGUCCACUGCCUUAUUAAAAGUAACAUUUUGGUUUUGUAGAAUUAAUUCACUAACUUUACAAAUGAAGUGUUCGACCAAAUCAAGAUAAUUUCUACAGUAACCAGCAGAAUCUUAUGAGCUGUUGACCAGUGAAUCCUUAACUUAAAAUAGAUGCCAAGAAUGAAGUCAAUUUAAGAGGAACCAUAGUAAUUACAAUAAGGAGUGAGUACAUUUUUUAUUAUCUCUUCAUAUUAGUUAAGACUUAACUGGUAGUAAGACCUGGGUCAAAUUUAGGAUAAUGCGGCAUGUGCAAGAAUAUAAAAAAAAAAAAAAAAAAAAAAAAAAAAAAUUGUUGUCCUGUUCUAUUGCAUAAUGGACUACAGUACAGGGCUCAAUCCACAAUAUUUUCCAGUCAUGGAAUUUAAACACGCAUUGUAAGUUCUCUAUAACCAUUCCGUGCUUUUGUUGAAACUA